AAAAUAUAAUAAAAUACCAAUCUAUUCCGUAUAUAAAACAAAAUUUCCUUUUACGAUAUAUCGCACCAAAUUUGGAGGAAAAUUUAUCGUUAAUCUUGCGCCGCGGUACCUGACAUUGCCAAUGACGUCAGCGAUUGAUCGCCAAGGCGGGACCUGAAUGACUAAGAUAGACCCGCCAUCUCCACGUGACCCCUUCGCUGCCACCCAUUCAACCGCUCCGGAGCUCCAGGGUUUGGAGAUGGAGAGACUACUUCACCAGACCCAGCCACCUCUUGACAGCGGCAUUCAACACUCAAAUAAAUGAAAUACUCACCCAUGGCCGCAACCUGAGAAAUAUAUUUCACUCAUCCUUCUUGUCACGCCAAAUUCAAGCUCCCUCUGGCGGCUCCAGGGCUAUAGUUGAUAUCUUCUCCAUUCCGAACUCAGUUAUCCGCUCAAUUUCAGCAAAUUAAGACUAUUUAUGUUACCCUGAGAAAAUGCCGGAAACCCUAGAUAGGUCCCCUUCACCAUCUCAUUCGCAACGAUCCGGUUCCCCGGCACCAGGAUCCCUCCCGCGGCAUGCUGUGACUGCCCGCCUUGCUUCCCCCAUCCCAUCGUCGUUCGAUGGCCCGGGACAGAGCCCCCGGUCAAUUCCACCUUCAAAUGGGCCUUCAGGAGAGCAGCUUACGCUUACUCCAGGGGCUCAUGCAGCCUCAUUCCAUGGCCCCGGCCAUUCCGCUUUAGCAUCAGCGUUACAGCGCGAUCCCGUACAGAGAAAACUCCCCGGGAACUCUCCUCCUCCUCCACCAGAUGCCGAUCCCUCUACGUUACCACUUAUAAAAUCAACUUAUGGGUCGUUCGAUGCCAGAUCUGGCAAAGACGGUGGCUCAGAUCAGGGUGCCGGGACGAUGGAAAACCCAGACAUCGUAAGGAGGCACUUGGUUCAACCGCACUAUGAUUCAGAUCACCGCAUGUCGGGGCAAGAUUCUAACUCUUCAAGAAAUGAUGGGGCAAAUGAGGAGUUCUCCAGUCUUCGGCUCCAGGGUGGUGAUAUUACAAGACCUAUCUAUAGAUGGGCAGAUGAACUAGCCGGACAGGCCAGCAAUGGGCAUCGUCGCAGGCGCAGUUUUGAUAUAGCUCGGCCAGAGCCGGAGAGCGAGGUCAUGGAUAUCAAUACGAUCAAGGUGCCUGGAGGUUUUCGGAGAGAUUUUCUCCGUCGGGUUGCUGCCCCUGGGGAUUCGCAGGCCAUUCACGCCGCUGAGCAAGGCGAACAGCAAAAUGGUAGACCUGUUCUCCUCACAAACAAUUUCUUAGAGUUUUUGACACUGUAUGGCCACUUUGCGGGAGAGGAGCUGGAAGAGGACGAUGAGGCCCUCGAACCGGAUGAGUACUUUGCUCCUGACUUGUGGAGUCGUCGAGAGUCUAUGACAGAUGAGGAUAGACGACUACUAGCGGAAGAGGAACCUCUGCUCGGCCCAGAGACUCCUGGGAAACGUCGCAGGCAUAAAGAACGUGCGAAGCAACCGAACACCACCUCGACGGGAGCGAUCCUUCUCCUUCUGAAAUCGUUCGUUGGCACUGGUGUUUUGUUCCUGCCAAGAGCGUUUAUGAAUGGAGGAAUGUUGUUCAGCUCCGUCGUACUGGUCUCCGUUUCGCUUCUUAGCUAUUACUGCUUUAUCCUCCUUGUCAACACACGACUGAAAAUCCACGGGUCAUUUGGUGACAUCGGCGGCGUACUUUACGGUAAAUAUAUGAGAUGGAUCAUUCUAGGGUCCAUCGUGCUCAGCCAGCUUGGUUUCGUGUCUGCAUAUAUUGUUUUCGUUUCCCAAAAUCUACAAGCGUUUGUUCUGGCUGUUAGCAAAUGCAAAACUUUGAUCGACAUCAAGUUCAUGAUCUUGAUACAAUUGGUUGUUUUCUUGCCGCUCUCCUUCAUCCGCGACAUCAGCAAGCUAGGCUUCACAGCCCUCGUUGCAGAUGUUUUUAUCCUAAUGGGCAUCAUAUACCUAUAUGCUUACGGCAUUGAGACGAUCAUCGACAACGGCGGCGUUUCUGACAUCAAGCAUUUCAACCCCAUGAGCUGGACGCUAUUUAUCGGUACCGCCAUUUUCACAUACGAAGGCAUCGGCCUCAUCAUACCCAUCCAGGAGUCCAUGAAGAAACCUCACAAGUUCCCUGGCGUGCUAGCCCUCGUAAUGAUUAUGAUAACUACCGUAUUCCUCUCGAUGGGCAUGCUUGGAUACGCCGCCUUCGGCUCCAAGACUGAAACCGUCGUCUUGCUCAACCUUCCCCAGGAUAGCAAGGUUGUAAAUGGGAUUCAAUUCCUGUAUUCCUUGGCGAUUCUUCUUAGCACCCCGCUGCAGCUGUUCCCCGCGAUCCGAAUCUUGGAGAACGAGCUGUUCACCCGCAGCGGCAAAUAUAACCCGGGCAUCAAAUGGAAGAAGAAUGGAUUUAGGUCUCUGCUCGUCGUUUUUUGCGCUCUUGUAGCGUGGGGCGGUGCAGCAGAUUUGGACAAAUUCGUUGCGCUUGUCGGGAGCUUCGCCUGCGUACCGCUGGUUUACGUCUACCCUCCUAUGCUCCAUCUCAAAGCCGUUUCGACAACCGCACGCCAAAAAUACGCGGACAUCGGCCUCGCAAUCUUCGGUGUGAUCGGAUGUGUCUACACAACCGCCCUGACUGUCUCAAACUGGGCCGCCAGCGAAUCUUCCGGAAGCCCUACUCAUUGUUCCGUGUGAUACUAAGACGGAAGUUCGAUGAAGAACGCUCCGACGAAUGAAAACCCUUUCUCGACAACGGAUCCCACCUAUUUCCACUGCCCACACCACACCGUCAUUCCCAUCCACCGGGUUUUAUUUAUCUCCUUAUUUAUUCAACUAGAGCACCCAAAUGGACAUGAAUACUUCUUAUGUUGUAGCGGUGCUGCACAGAAAUGUUCCUGAGAUUACUUUUGCAGCGAGAGCGCGAUUUCUUACAUAUUAUUUCUCCAUUUCUUCUAUCCGUUCGCAUAUAUAUAUAUAUAUAAAUACUACUUCACGAUUUUCACGGAGUUUAUUUCUAAUGAAGCGUUUCAAGCUCUGAAUUUCAUUCAUUUUUUGUCAGACCUAUCUGCCUUGCCAUGUAGCUAGCAAUUAAGCAAGCUUUACACCUUUCACUUUUUUCAAAUUUUCCCUCUAAAUUGCCCUCUUUUAAAUGUAUUAGAAUUUAUCUGGCGAAAAUUUGUUUUUGACGCAUAUGCAGAAAUCCUCAUUUGAUAUUCUGUGUAUGGAAGAAUAUGGAUAGACUUUUUAACUUCCAUCUGCUUGCUGCUUGUUCUAUUUUAUCUCAAUCACUUUUGUACAUACAUACAUGUGCUACUGUACAUAGCCAAACUCCAAAUCAGACAAAUAGUGCAUACGUACCAUACACCAACUUAUAUCUACAUGAGAAAGGCGUAGUUUCAAAAGAGAAAAGAAAGACUUCGCAUCCUC